AUGUCCGCCGACACGCUCUUUGACUUCUUGCCUGAGUACAGACUCAUUGGGUGUAAGAAAUGCCGUCACGCAGUCAUGCCUGACGAAGUUCCCAGACACUUGCUGAAGAAGCACAAACUUCGAGGCCCAAAUGUGCGGGAGCAGAUUAAGGACCAAAUUCUCGACAAAUGGCCGACUGUGAGGACCACCAUCGCGGAGUUCACUAUGCCAACCGGACCUAUUCCACAGAUUCCUCAGCUUGAAUUGGAGAACGAUAAAUACAGGUGCACGGUUUGUGAAGAUCCAGCCACCGCCUUUCUUUCAUCGAAUUUAGGCGAGAUUCAGAAGCACUGGAAUUCUCAACAUAGAGCAACAUUUUCCCCUGGUUCCCAUGGAGGCGUUAGAGAGGCAGGGGUUAGCACCAAAGCCGAGCGGUAUGCGGGGGGGUGCGUGAAGAUUUUCAGGCAAAGGUUUUUUGCAAGCAAAGAUCAGUCAAACUACGUUGAGGUCAUUCCCAUGCAGGACCCAGACAGCGCCGAAAGCGCCGAAGUCGUGCAGGAGCAAGAAAAAAAGUCGGACGAGGAGCGGACUAUGCUUGAGUACAACAAAGCCGUUGCAGAGUCUGUGCAAAUGUCUGGUGAUGGUGACCCAGAACCCAAUGAUUGGCUGAUCCAUACGAAGUGGCCUAAAGUUAUUGGCCGCAGAGAUCACAACCAGCUACGCAGACUACUACGGCAUCCUCCUA